AUGGGCCGCGGUCGUGCAUACAGGCGCGGUGCAGGCGCGCGUGGAGGAAAGCGUUCAGGCGGUAGUGGUAGUGGUGAGCGUCAUGGCGAAUACACGACCUUUGAACAACGCAGUCCCAAGUUCGAAGCGUAUUAUCGGGGCCAGGGCAUUGUGCCAGACGAAGAGUGGGACACGUUCAUCGAGUCGAUGCGUACGCCAUUGCCAACGACAUUCCGCAUUACGUCUGGAAAGCCCACUGCGCGCCAGCUGCUGGAUGCUAUGAACAAGAUCUACCUGCCGUUCCUCUCAAACGUGCAAUUCGAAGGCGAGAAGGUGACGCCUCCUCGCCAGCUAGAAUGGUACCCCGAGGGACUAGGCUGGCACCUCGAUGUGCGGAAGAAUGUCCUGCGAAAGUCGCCCGAGUUUAAGCGGUUCCAGCAGUUCUUGGUCCACGAAACAGAGGUCGGCUCCAUCUCACGUCAAGAAGCUGUCUCUAUGCUUCCGCCGCUCUUUCUCGACGUGCGGCCUGAGCACCUCGUCCUCGAUUUGUGUGCAGCUCCUGGGUCUAAGACAGCUCAACUUAUCGAGGCCAUCCAUUCGCCCUUGACAUCUUCGCCAGAUGCGUUUGAUCCCAUGCCACUGGGUGUUGUCGUUGCCAACGAUUCAGACACCAAACGUGCGCACAUGCUUGUCCAUCAGGCGCAGCGCUUGCCAUCGCCUAGUCUGUGCGUUACGAAUGUCGAUGCCAGUAACAUGGCAAAUAUUCAAGUCGCAUGGAAGGGCGAGCAACCAUCUGACCCCAUCUGCCAGCGCGAGCUCAAAUACGACCGCGUCCUUGCCGAUGUCCCUUGUUCAGGCGAUGCUACGUUGCGCAAGAACCUCUCAAUCUGGAAGGAUUGGACACCCAUGAAUGGCACCGGUCUACAUGCGCUACAAUUGCGCAUCUUGAUCCGCGGUCUUAUGCUGCUUCGCCCUGGUGGCAGACUUGUGUAUUCAACAUGCUCUCUUAAUCCAAUCGAGAACGAAGCCGUCGUUGCUGCGGCUUUGCGUCAUUUCCAGGGCGAUGUAACCGUGUUUGAUGCAUCCAGCAUGCUCCCGGCGCUCAAGCGACGUCCUGGCAUGACAUCAUGGAAAGUAGCGCCGGGGCGGGGCGCUCACUUGUUCAGUGCCAGUAGUAAGACUGAGAAGGAGAAGACAGCUGACUCUGACGCGCAGCCGCCUGUUCAUACUCAACCAGAGCAGCACAAUGAGCAAGACCAACAGGCGGAACAAGACAGGCCAGAGACGACAACGCCACUACCACGCAUUCCCUGGAUUGAUUCUUGGGAUGCUCUCGAGGCCGUGGAUGCAGACCUGGCCUCUAGAACACCAAAGAGUCUCUGGCCGCAGGGCGAUGAAGAAACACUUCAUCUCGAGCGCUGCAUCCGUGUAUACCCUCACAUGCAGAAUACCGGGGGGUUCUUUGUAUGUGUGCUCGAGAAGAAGCCCAAGACCCCAGAAGAGUCAGCCUCCAUGGCCCCGGGCAUGUCCCGUGCUAUGGAUGCCAUCACCAAGGAUUUGUUAGCAGCCGAGCAAGACGAGAGCAGUGCCAAUGGCAACAAAGACUACCACAAUACGAACAAUGCACCCGGCGCCGGCUCAGUCAAUGACCAUGCGAAUGCUACCGAAACAAGCACACGUACAAAGCGGCCUUCUGAGGAAAGUGAACAUGAAGCAAAGCGUGUCAAGCCAGAUGCCCCCAAAGAGGCAGCACAAGAUGGCCAGGAUUCUCAAGACUCUCAGAACGCAUCAUCAAACCCAAGCAAGGUACCAGAUGUCGUGCCUGUGGAUAAGCACCGUGCUGAUCGUGAAGCUAAGCGUCGUGGAAACUCGGAUGCACCUAUCGGUGCAGGAGGCAUGCCGUAUCGAGAAGAUCCUUUUGUCUAUGUCCAUCCGAUGAAUCCCGAGAUCCAAUCGUGUGUGCAGUGGUUUGGCUUACACAACUUCCCUGUAGCCAAUUUGCUCGUCCGCAAUCCCGAGCGCGUGCCUCUUCGAAGCGUGUACUUGACAUCUAACACAGUUCGUGCAAUUGUAGCAGGCGGUGGCCCAGGCGCCGGUGUACAUCCCACGCUCAACCCGCUUAAGAUUCGUUUACUCAAUUGCGGUGUCAAAGUGUUUGGCCGGCAGGAAUCUGUAAGCAAAUCUACGCAAGCGCCGAAUGCCAUGGCAGUUAACGGAGAUGCUGCGCUACGUCGCGAAAAUGUUUCGUCCACUUUGGCAUGUCGCUGGCGAGUCGUAAGCGACUCUUUGUAUUCGAUGCGUCCUUAUCUCCAUGACAAGAUUGUACUCAAGGCUACGUUGUCGGACCUGGCUUUCUUUAUUCGUGAGUACUAUCCUGUACUGGAAAAGAUCCCCGGCUCUGUCGGUGAGUUUUUGCGAGGUGCUGAAAUGGGAAGCUACGUGCUCGACAUCCAGCCAAGUGAACAUGACGGACACAAGCUCAGCGUUGCACUUUCCUAUCCAGUUUGGAGAUCGAUGGCUUCAGCAAACCUGAUGCUAGACAAGCAAGAAAAGAGCGCAUUAUCCUUCCGCUUGUUUGAUACAGACCUUUCAGAUCCGGACGGCCAGCGUCAAUUCUCCGCGAACCCCCAACAACGCAAGCAAAACAAGGAAAAGUCCGAGUCAGGCGAUAAUGUAAAACAAAGAGAUCCUUUGGGGUCUGAUUCCAAGGAGAAUGUGAUUGCUACCGCGGACGAUCUUGCGAAAGCACAAGCCAACGUCGCGAAUCCACAAUCGAAUGUGGAUCAAUAA